AUGGAAAGCCAACAAUAUUUGCAAAGGAAAUCUGUUUCCAUGAGUGAUGGAUCUAGAUCCUUGGCUUCAGCCCGGCAGCUGCUGGAAAACCACAUCCAGACCAUCACCAGCAUCGUUAGGAAGCUCAGCCAGGACGUGGAGGUUUUGGAGAGGCAAAUAAGAACAAGGGAUGGUGCUGCAUUAGAAACUAAUUUUGCUGUUCAAAGCCUGGACCAUAAAUGCAUCCAAGGUAUUGGAGACCUGCGUGGAAGAGUGGCCAGGUGUGAGGCCAGCAUGGCAAAGCUCUCAGCAGACAUCAGCGUGCUCAGGCACGAGGCCCAGAAGGCUGAGAGAGAGAUUUAUGGCCUCCACUCUGCCCUCAAAAGCUGUGCCAGCGACUUUGAGAAGAAGGUGAUGCAGCUGCUGAGCAAGAUCGAGGCUUCCAGCUCUGAUCACAGCUCGAAUUUAAAGACAGUCCAGGGAGACCAACAUCAUGAAAUGCAACUUCUGGAUUUCAAGUUGACAAGUGCUCUAAGUGACUUCAGGGAUCAGCUGCAGACUCACUGGAAGAGGGCAGAAGCCUGGUUGUCACGGACUGAAGAAAACCAAGCCCAGCACAGGCAGCAGCUGCUCAACUUGCUGAAGGAGGGACUGGACAGAGCAGAAAACAGAGUAGAAGAAAAGCUCCUGGUUCUGUCACUAAAGAUAGAACAAAUGGAUAAACCACAAAAAUUUGAAAAGCAGGUGAAAGAGAUGAAAAGUGAUGAAAAAAGCCUGCAUGCUAGAAUCAACAGAUUUGAAAGGCAGAUCUGGAAGGAGCUCGAGGAAAUCCGGAACGAAUACAGAUCAGGAUUUCAAUCCAUUCUUGAGUCUCUGGAGCUGCUCAAACAAAUACAGAACACCAAGCUGAGACUUGAGAAAAAGAAAAUUCAAAAAGACAUGAGAAAGAUCCAACAAAAUUAG